ACACGAGCAGCAGUAACAUAAGAUUUAACAAGAAGUGUUGCCUUCAAAGUCAGGUUCAGGCUACUUUUUGUAAGUUCGUCAUUAAAUUUCAAAUACUAACAAGUGUGGUCAAAAACAAACUGGCUGAUGUUUUGAUAUCAUGAACAAAAAAUCACAAACCGAAUAAAAACCAUGUGGACAAAAACAUUUGACUGGAUGACAUCUGUGCAUUUUCUUAUAGAUGCUGCGCCAUAAGGUGAUGAACGCAGCAGUCAAACCAACACCGUCAGGGUCACGUGUCAUGUUGUUUUUCCUCCUCACGUGUCGUCACGUUCUCCGAGUCUCUCCGAACGUGACGACACAGCGAAGGCGCUCGUUCCAAAAUUCAUAACACAUCAAGUCACCAGUCGGAGAGCACGAAAAACACCGAGCCGGCCGUGUUUUAGAGACAAAGAGAGAGAAAAAUACAUGUCAAUGACAGAAAAAACUACUUAACUGUCGUUACCAUGUCGUGUUCAGUGAAGAGCCGAUCUCCAGUCCCAGAUGUAACCAAGUGUUUGGGGAUGAGCGGUCCAAUCACUGAGGCUUUGCCUGACGAGGAUGAGUUAAUCCACUCAAGAAAACUGGUGGAAAGUCUGAGGUCCUAUGGCGUGUUCGAGGACGAUGUGGAGCUUCAUCACAGAGAACAAGUCAUCAAAAGGCUGGAGUCUCUCUAUAGGGAGUGGCUCCAAGAAAUCUGUGACAGGAUGAACGUACCAGAAACAGUAAUGGCCCACGUUGGAGGCAAGAUCUUCCCGUUUGGCUCAUAUCACCUGGGAGUCCACUCAAAAGGUGCUGAUAUUGAUGUCCUUUGUGUUGGACCUGGAUUCCUGGAGAGGGACGACUUCUUCACCUCCUUCUUUGAGAAGCUGAAGGCUCAGGAGGAGGUCAAAGACAUACGAGCCAUCAAAGAUGCUUUCGUCCCAGUGAUCAAACUGACCUUUGAUGGGACUGAGAUGGACUUGGUCUUUGCACGGGUGCCACAGAGGAGCGUUCCUGACAGUAUAAAUCUUCUCGACGACAACUUGGUGAAGACUGCAGACAAACGUUGCGUCAGGAGUCUCAAUGGCUACAGAGUUACAGAGGAGAUCCUCUGCCACGUGCCAAACGUUCACACCUUCAGGCUGGCUUUGAGAGCCAUCAAACUGUGGGCCAAACGUCGUAACAUUUACUCCAACAUGCUGGGAUUCUUGGGCGGCGUGUCCUGGGCCAUACUGGUCGCCAGAAUUUGCCAGGCGUACCCGAAUGCUACAGCGUCCACCCUGGUGAUGAAAUUCUUCAAGAUCUACUCCAUGUGGAAAUGGCCGAUGCCAGUUUGUUUGAGGCUGAUAGAGGACUGCUCAGACAGCGGCCUUCCCUUCUGGGAUCCCAGGGUUGAUGCAAAUCACCGCCUCCACAUCAUGCCCAUCAUCACACCAGCAUUCCCACAGCAGAACACCAGUUUCAACGUGUCUCCCUCCACCUUUGCCAUCAUAAAGGAGGAGAUCGCGCGAGGUUUUGCCAUCACUGAGGACAUUCGUCAGAAAAAAGCAGACUGGUCCACAUUGUUUGAAACACCAGACUUUCUUGGGAAGUACAAGCAUUACAUUCUGCUGCAAGCGUCUUCACCUGCAGAGAAGCAGCACCUUGAGUGGGUUGGCCUCGUGGAAUCUAAAAUCAGACUCCUGGUGGGGAGUUUGGAAAGAAAUGUGAACAUUUCUCUGGUCCAUGUGAAUCAGCAGUCCUUCACUGGACCCACGCAGGGCAAUGACGAAGGGGGAAUGAGCACAACGUGGCUCAUUGGUCUAAUCUUCAAUUUGCAGUGGUCUAGAAACAAGAAUAUUGACCUGACCUUUGACCUCCAGUCCUUCAGUGACACAAUCUACGGCCUGGCAGAGCGCUGUAAGGUCUUUGAAGAAGGCAUGAUCAUAUCAGCCAUGUACGUGAGGAGAGAUUAUCUGAGCUGGGCGCUGCCUAAUGAUGAAUGGAAAAGGUUGUUCACUCCUAAACUGAAGCCCACAGUGAGCCACCAAAGCUCAGCCAGUCCCUUUCACACAGCAGCCGUCAGCGCAGGCCGAGCAGCCACAAAGACAAAAGGCUGCUUUGAGUCUGACAUGUCAGCUAAGAGGCUCAGAGAUGACAAAGAAGUGCUGUCUGUGACAAAUGUCUCAUCUGUCCAGGUGUCCACGCCCAGCAGACAAGAGACAUCGUCCUUGCUUCCCCAGACAGAAACAGAAACUCAGAGUCCACCUCCCAGUGUGGACUCACAAAGCACAAAGAGACCCAGCAGUACUGAGCCUGGGCCACCAAACAAAACAUUCAAACUUGACCCGAGUGCGUCCACUGUGGAGCUCUCUGAUUCGCCUCCCAGGCCCACCAAGCCUGUCACAGGCAUGAAACGAGCCAUCAAAAUUCAGCUUCUCAGGCGUAGCUGAUUCGAGCUGGUGAGGAGUUGAUUUGAGGGCGGAUGGCAGCAGAUGUCACCAGCAGCUCUGACAGAAAACUUGAAAUAAACUUCAAAAACAUGAGA